AUGUCGAUUUAUUUCGAUUUCACAGUGGGCCCCAAAGGGCGUCGGUUUCGCAAGGCUGUCGAUCAGGAUAAAAUUGAGAUAGAAGCGUUUUGGAAACGUGAAGAAACUAAAACUUUGUUUAAUGUUCAAAGUAUUGGUUUGGUGAUUGAACGAUCAGCUCUGUCUAUAGUUAUGAUAAAUGAACAGAUGAAAGUAUUGGGAUUGCUUGCAUUGACCGACCAUCCCAACAUACCAGCUUUAGAUCCUGCACACUGGGAGCUGUGGAUCAGGAAUAUGUUUCAGAAAUUCUACCUGUCCAGAGAUACAUUGUUUAUCGAUUUCGUCUGUUGCCAUGACUCCGUUACUGAAUUCUUUUUGGAUGAAGCAUUACUUUCAGUGUUUCUUAACGACUUCUAUUUGAAACAUAUUGUUCUAGUCGUGUCGCCCGCGUGUUCUGAAGAUUACAUAUACAAGUUUCCACCGUUUAAGAAACGAUCCCCAUACCAAUACUGCCCAACGAAGGUAGAAGAUAAAGAAAAAGUGCCUUGUUAUAACUUAUACGUAGCAGAGAGAAAAGAUUUUUGUCCUAAAAUGAAAGUUCGUCGAGCUGUUGAAGAAGACAAUGAUGACGUUAUAGAGAUUUUGAACGAGGAAUGCCCCCAACUGAUGGAUAUCUACGGCGAGUUCUACAUUAGUGAGAUCAUUUCAAGACACCCGGAGAGAAAAAGGAAAGUCAUGGUGUCUGAGAUCCAUGACAAAGUAACAGGCGUGAUGUGCUUAAGUGCAGACGUGAAUUUCUCGAUGCUGCAGUCCGUGUACGAGCUAGCUCCGUACAACGGUCUGGUGCGACACUCACUUCAGGAGAAGGAGGAAAUAAAACAAAACAACGAAUUGCUCACAGCUUUCGGAGACCCCAUAAUGCUUGGUCAAUUGGGCCCGUUCGACCAUAUCAUUUGCAACGUAGACAUGACUCCGCAAAUCGCAAUUGAUGACAUUGACGAACCAAUAUCAGGAAUAAAAAUCAAUAUGUCACCAGAUGAUAAAAUUAACGCUGACCGAUCGCGUAACACCAUAGUACUAGAUGAAUUAGAGCGUCCUAAAAAGACGGUAAGACACAGCUUGCAACCUGUAAAUCACGUCACUCGUCGACAAAGUUCAGAUGACAGUCACGAUUACUCAUUGUCUCUUCUUAUGAAUCCUGACGUUUCAAUAUCACUUCUACUCGGUGAUGACGAUGCCUUUGAAUACGACAUUAUAAACAUCGAUCUAGAGCUUAUGCAAGUCAUGGAUAUGUCCUUAACAGACCUGAGACCUCAUAAUAAAAUAAGCAGUGGAGUCAGUAUAGCAUCGGGUUCUAAAAGACCACGGUAUUCUGUACGUCGACGCAGUUCGUUUAAACGAAAAAGUUUGCAUGUGAAGCAACAUAGUGAGCCAACUAUACAUAAAGAGAUAACAGGCGCACCAAAUGCUUUUAUCAUCGAGUUGCUUGGUUUACGUGAAAACGUCGACGUCAGACGUGCCUUUGAUUUGUUAGAAGCGGCCUUCGAAUGCAUGCAGAAUUACGAUUACUGCGCUAUAAGAGUGCCCGCUGCGGAUAAAAGUCUGUUUUUGCUACAACAUUUUACCUUUGUGCCAACUAAACCUAACAUUUGCAGUUAUUAUUCUCUUUAUAUUGCGCAUCGGAAUUCAGUUUUGGGCAAACUGCGAGUCCGCAGAGCUGAGUACGGUGAUAUCCCUCAAAUUGCAUCACUACUGUAUAAUUUGGACGCUAAAGAGACGCUGUGGACAAUUGAAUACAGUAUUGCGCAUCCGAGACAACACCAAUCUUAUAUUUUUCUCUGUGGAUGUUCAAUUAUAGGCAUUGCAAUAAUUGAAUCACCAGAGGAUAUUCAACUUCUACGUGAAGAAUUCAGCUUAGAGAAUUACCACAUGCAUAAAUAUCACUUAAUCGGAAGCGGAUGGAAUAGUGGAUUCGCAAGUAUCAAGUCUGCACUGAUCUAUCCUGUAUUUGAGCCGCAUUUUCGAUUUUUUACAAGGGAGCUGCUAAGGCAUUCUGGAAGCAGCUCAGUUGUUUGGCUCACUUCUUAUCGAAAUAAACUGUAUGGACUUAUGGCAUUCAGUUUUGGGGUGCCGCAUGCCAGAGCUGAAGAUUCCACCCUCAAGCAGAUUUCUGAUACGCCCUGCUUCAUUCGAAACUCUGAAGUCCAUCACUACCUAAAAAUCAAAGGAAGAAAUUCGAUCUUACGCUUUUACUAUCAUCAUGCUAACCUGCUGGCAGAGCAACUGACUAUCCCUGACUCAAUGAGAUCAAUACAAAAAUGUGGCCUAGCCUACGACGGAGGUCUCCUAAUAGACCACCAAUUCAGGACCAACAACCCUUCGAUCUAUGCAGCGGGCACGGUCACGAGAUAUUAUAGAAGAUAUUUCGCCGACGACAAACGACAGAGUUAUUAUGAUUCUUAUGAAGUUGGCGCUAGGCUGGGCGAACAAAUUCGGGAUCAACUAGAUCCAAUGCUGCGUGCGAAGGUUUCGCACAGAAGGAAGUCAACUGCGGAAGCGAAUGAAUCUUCGAGUAAAAGUAGCAAAUCUACAUUAGAUUCAGAAGAAAAUUGGAAGCUACCAGAAUUGAAGUUACCAAAAUCAUGGUGCUGCGUUUUCCCCGGAGAACUUAACUAUUUAGAGAUUCGACCACCUGGAAUGAAGUUUCCUAGUUAUUAUGUACAGUCUUUGCAUUUUAACGGUUUUGUUAUGGAGACAUUCAAGCAUGGCUACUUCAAACUGCACAUGAACAGAGAAUACGUUGUGGACGGAAUCACGUGUCUCACCCCCGAGCCAUACGCGCUGAUGAACUUUAGAAGCCUCUACGGAUUGUCUGGAGUCGUGCUUAAUUAUGUGCACUUGAGGUUUAAUGCUCAAAAAAUCGACGACUUUUUUGAAUUCUUUACGGAGCCGUGGGCAGCGUUUUUGUAUAACGAACGUGUUUCUGAUUUGAUGGCCAUGGUCAAAGAACUUCGCCCUAAGAACGAACCUGAAGGACUUACUCUUCAGGAAAUUCUACGCAAUUUCGCCCAAGAAUGUGAUGCUAACUCGGCAGAUUUCGCUAAAGUUCUGCGAGAGGAAUCUGAAUUCGACAAGUCGAACCAUUAUGCAAGUAUCUCGGAUUAUGUCAUCGAAUGGUUGUCCGAAAACGAUGAAAUCAUGCCUAUGUAUUUACAGCCAUGGCAGGUAGUGGAAUAUUACAACGACAUCUCAGGCCAUCCGGCGUUCAAACGACGCAAGCGCAACUUCAGACACAUGCUGAAAGAUAUCAUGAAAGAGUUUCGGAUUGUAUGUCGUUAAUACGAUUUUUAGUCAAUUAAUACAAUUAUAAUAACAAUUUUAAAGAAGUAUAAAUAAAAAAUGGUUAACU